AUGCAGAUCUCUUGCUUCCUCAGCCUCAAUCAGACACCGGUCCGGUUUUCCGAGGUCCGCACCGCCUGUAUGGCCCAACAGGCAGAGGUAGCUCGUUCUGCUGCCGCAAAGUCAGCGAUAAAAGAGAAUUUGAUUCGUUUGUCCAGCGUCCCAGUCGCGACUGAAGCUAAAGCACAACUUGAAGGUGAAUUUUACGUGAUCUCAGGCGUCCUUUCUCAUUUAAACAUCUCAGAUAACAUGUGUCAUUUAAAAUUUUAG